AUGGCCGCUCCUACCACGAUCAAAGUGAGCAAUCGCAUCCCAAAGAAGCCAAUCAAGAAGCUUCCUACCAGCAUCGAAAUCACGGAGAAGACCACUGUUCAAGAUGUCAAGGAACAAUUGGCCAAGAAAGCGGGUGGCAUGGACCCAGAGCGCCUGGGAAUUUACGAUGCAGAGAAGAAGAAGCUUCUCAAAGACCGAAAGGCGCUGGUAAGCAGCAGUGAGGAUGUGAUGGUAGGAAAGGAGAUCUUGGUGAAGGACUUGGGUAUGUACCGAAGUUGCAGCUCCCAGUACUAUCCUAACAUAUCCGCAGGUCCUCAAUUAUCCUGGACAACCGUGUUCAUCAUCGAAUACCUCGGCCCAAUCCUCAUCCACCUCGCCUUUCCCCUCCUUCUUCGACCAUAUCUGUACUCCUCCGCCCCUCCGCUCUCCUCCUCGCAAUACCUCUCGAUGGCUAUGAUCGUCCUACAUUUCAUCAAGCGCGAGUACGAAACUAUCUUCGUCCACAAGUUCUCCCUGGCAACAAUGCCACUUCUCAACAUCUUCAAGAACUCUGCCCACUACUGGCUCUUGUCUGGCCUCAACAUCGCGUACUGGAUCUACGCACCAAACUCCUACACCGCAAAAUCCUCUCCAACCAUCGAUUAUAUCAAUUACGCUGGAUUGGCGCUGUAUGUCUACGGAGAAGUCUCGAAUUUCAUCGCACACCAGACAUUGUCGAAUCUGCGCUCAAGAGGAGGAACAGAGAGGGGCAUACCGAAGGGCUAUGGAUUCGGACUGGUUACUUGCCCUAACUAUCUAUUUGAGUUGAUUGCAUGGACUGGAAUUGCGAUUGUGAGCAAGAGUGCUGCGACGGUUAUUUUCAAUGCUAUUGCGUGGGCGCAGAUGCAUCAAUGGGCUAUCAAGAAGGAGAAGGCGUUGAGAGCGGAGUUCCCGGAUAAGUAUAAGAAGAAGAAAUACGUUUUGUUGCCGAGUCCGGGUGCGGUUGUCAAGUAUUUGUUGGGUUGA